AUGAUUACACCCUCGGUCUACGAGAGCCCCCAGGCGGUCAAACAUACGACAGUCACCAAGUACGAAGAAUUUGCCAAGGACAAAUUCCUCGUCGCGACCUCCACUAUUUUAAAAAGCUUAACAAUUAAGCUCGGAAUGAUGUUAUUAGGUCAGUAUGAUCAGGUGUGGUUUGUCCUUAUAGAAUCCGAAAAGGAGCGCGUCGUUGAAAUUGACAUUCUGACGGAUGACUCAUCUAUAUAG